AUGGGACAAGGAUACUCCCUGACAACCCUUUCGGCGGGUUCGGCCGGGAUCGACGUGCCCGAGCUGUCCGACCUGGUGUAUGAGAAGUCGAUGGGCGGGGGCCGGUUCAUGAAGAGCAUCCGGGCUCGGCAGCGGAAUGGCCUCGUUUUUGUAAAGGUAAUUAUGAAGCCUUAUCCGAGUAUGAAUCUGGAGCUGUAUAUCAAGGCUAUUAAUCGGGAGCGCAAGUUGCUUGCGGAUGUGCCAAAUUCGUUGAGCUACCAGAGGAUUUUGGAAACUGGGACAGGUGGUUAUCUUGUCCGGCAGUUUAUUCACAGCUCUUUAUAUGACCGGAUAAGCACCCGUCCGUUCCUGGAAGACAUCGAGAAGAAAUGGAUUGCUUUCCAGCUGCUCUGUGCUCUCCGGGACUGCCAUUCCCUGGAUGUUUUUCACGGUGACAUCAAAUCAGAAAAUGUUCUCGUCACGUCGUGGAACUGGCUCUACCUCUCCGACUUUUCAUCCUCUUUCAAGCCAACUUUCCUCCCAGAGGACAACCCAGCGGAUUUCUCGUUUUACUUCGAUACUUCUGGGCGACGGACAUGCUAUCUAGCCCCGGAGCGGUUCCUUGAGGCCGGAGAAGAACCGGGCAGCAGGCAUGUUAACUGGGCCAUGGACAUCUUCAGCGCUGGCUGCGUGAUUGCAGAAUUGUUCCUGGAAGCACCCAUAUUCACUCUCAGCCAAAUGUACAAAUACCGAAAAGGCGAGUAUAGUCCGGAACAUAGCCAGUUGGCCAAGAUUGAGGACCCGGAGAUUCGGGAAUUGAUCCUUCAUAUGAUCCAGCUUGAACCGGAAUCGAGAUACUCCGCAGAUGAGUAUCUGAACUUUUGGAAAAACAAAGCGUUUCCAGAGUACUUUUACGGCUUCCUGCAUCAGUACAUGUCUCUGAUGACUGAUCCAUCCUCUGGUAGGGCGCAGGUGGAUGCUGAGUCGGCGAAUAGAGGCGAAUCUGAUGACAGGAUUGAGCGUGUCUACUUGGAUUUUGAUAAGAUCUCUUACUUCUUGGGGGAACCGUCCAAACCGCCCAAGGAUGGCUCUGACCGUAUUGAUUCCAGGCUUACCGGCAGCAUGUUUCCUGUGCAGCUGGAUCUGCCGCAUUACGGUCAUCCAGUUUCAAAGUCCAAAGGAUUACAAACGGAUGACGGCGUGCUGAUCUUUCUGACGCUCGUGGUAUCUAACCUACGAAACACAGCCAGAGCGUCCGCUCGUAUCAAAGCCUGUGACAUUCUUCUGGCUUUUGCAGAAAGACUGUCAGACGAGGCCAAGCUGGACCGCAUUCUUCCCUAUGUCAUGACCAUGUUGAAUGACCGGACAGACACAGUGAAAGUUGCCGCUAUCCGUACCCUUGCUCAGCUCCUCGAAAUGGUCUAUGUGGUAUCCCCGGUCAACGCUUAUUUGUUUUCCGAGUAUAUCUUCCCCAGGCUUCAACCUUUUGUGUCCGGUUCCAGCGCCAACCCCAGCCCCAUGGUUCGAGCUGCAUAUGCAUCUUGCAUUGCAUCGUUGGCGCAGUCGUCUCUUAGAUUCUUGGACAUGAUUCAAGUUUUACGAUCUGACGCGCGCCUACCAGCUUUGAUUCCAGCUGGAUCCGAGCCGAGAUGGACUGAAGAUGCUACUUAUCACAACUUGUACGACGUUGCGAGGGUUGACCUCCUUGACUAUUUCGAGGCUCAUACUAAAGCCCUCCUCACAGACACUGAUGCGUCUGUCCGCCGCGCGUUCUUGGGUUCAGUGUCCAGUCUCUGCGUUUUCUUCGGCAACCACAAAACGAACGAAGUCAUUUUAAGCCACUUGAACACCUACCUCAAUGACCGGGAUUGGAUCUUGAAAUGUGCCUUCUUCGAGGCAGUCAUCGGUGUUGCUACCUACGUUGGAAGCACCAGCCUGGAACAAUACAUAUUGCCGCUAAUGGUCCAAUCCAUGACAGAACCGGAAGAGUUUGUGGUGGAAAGAGUUCUUCGUUCUCUGGCUGCAAUGGCAGAUGUCGGGCUGUUUCAGCGGUCGACGACGUGGGAUCUACUCAACAUCACUUUGCGCUUUUUAGUCCACCCGAGUAUAUGGAUCCGCGAAGCGGCUGUGCACUUCCUUGUCAACUCAACCAAGUUUUUAUCUAUUGCUGAUAAAUACUCGAUCCUCACGCCGAUGAUUCGGCCUUUUCUCAAGGUUAACAUUGUGGGAUUCACGGAGGCUGAAAUCCUCGAUGCAUUGAGGAAGCCGGUUCCGAGAAACGUGUAUGAUAUGGCUUUUGUUUGGGCAUCCAAGGUCGAGAGAGGCGUCUUCUGGAAGUCGACCAGUCGUGAGAGCUUGUUUAGUCUGGGUGGUGAUGAUGGCUAUACUGCUCGAAGCCAGAGACACGCUGGACUCUCGAUGAACUCGCAGCCAAAGAACGAAGAGGAUGAGCAGUGGCUGUCUCGAUUGAGGGGCCUGGGCAUGAGCUCAGAAGAUGAAUUCAAACUGCUCGCACUACGCGAAUACAUUUGGAGAGUAUCAAUGCGCCAGUCAAAAGACUCAACUGCUGAACCGACAUUGAACGACCUCAUCCCUCUCACACAGUACGAGGUUACGCCGCAGACUGUUUUCUUCGAUAAGAACCAGAAUAUCAAUCCCCGGCGAGGCUCAGUAAGUAGGCCUGAAAGCGCCAGGAAUGGGGAGCAGAGGCCACAUACGAUCACUGAUGCGCUGCUCGAUGCUUCGACUACAAUUGACAGUACACCUAAUAAUCGGCGCAAGCACUUGCGGUCGAGGAGCCAAGCGCAGAAAGACAUAACUACGCUGGCAGUCCUGCGACAGGACAAUAUCCGGGGGGAAUCUUCGGCUGCGACAUCCCCGAUGGCCUCGUCACCGGGUGCUCCUGAGUCACCACCUUCCUCUGAUACUGAGCAGAGAGUACCGGGGAGCCGGAAUAGUCCCAAUAGUCCCACACAGGAUAAUAGCUCAUUAUCACCGACUGAUGCGGAUCCCACGCUGAAGAAUUUGGGCGGUGUGCAACGAAAAUCGAGUGCCAUGAGCCUAUUGAACCGCAAGGACCAAGUCAAGGCUGAUGCAGAGACUAGCAUGAGCUCUGCGAACGCUGUUGGCAAAGUUGACUUGCCAUCACAACGGGAACGACAGCAAUCACCCCUUUCACUCACGCAUGAGAGGAAACCGCUCGAGUUCGAGCCGCCACAGUUCCAUGCUAAUCAUUCCUACGGGGGAGAUGAUCCUACGGUCCUACGGUUACUCGACAAUGUUUUCGCGGAGAAUUAUCCCACCGACCUCUUCGAUCUGGGUCCGUACGUCAAGGAAGUCGACCCGCGACGGCCAAUCAAGAAGGCUAGCGGGCAAGAUGCGAACAAGGUCUGGAAACCAGAGGGCGGGCUCGUUGCCAUCUUCGGUGAACAUAGUGCUGCUGUAAAUCGCAUCGCGGUGGCUCCAGACCAUGCAUUUUUCGUGACUGCGUCGGACGACGGCACAGUCAAGAUCUGGGAUACCACCCGUCUGGAGAAGAACUUGACCCCGCGAUCCCGCCAGACCCAUCGUCACGCCCCGGGGGCGAAGGUGAAGACAUUAACCUUUAUCGAAAACACGUAUACUUUCCUGAGUGGAGCUACUGAUGGAAGCAUCAAUGCUGUCAAAGUUGACUACCAUAAUGUUAACGAUACUGUUCGGUACGGCAAACUCCAGCUCGUCCGUGAUUACCAACUUCCUACAGCCGAGGACGGAUCCCCAGAAUACGCCAUGUGGAUGGAACACUUCCGCGUCGAGGCACAAUCAACCCUCCUAAUCGCAACCAACACAUGCCGAAUCCUAGCCCUGGACAUGAAAACCAUGCUCCCGAUCUACUCACUACACAACCCUAUCCAUCAUGGCACACCAACCACAUUUUGCUGCGACCGUAAGCACAACUGGUUGCUCGUAGGCACUACGCACGGAAUCCUAGACCUCUGGGAUCUCCGCUUCCGCGUCCGCCUCAAGGCAUGGGGUCUCUCGGGCUCAGGACCAAUCCAUCGACUACAGGUGCAUCCAACCAAAGGACGGGGACGAUGGGUAUGUGUCUCCGGCAGCGGAAGCUACGGCAACGAAGUCACCAUCUGGGACAUUGAAAAGAUCCGCUGUCGGGAAGUCUACCGUGUAGAUUCCCCGGGCACGGGUACCACCAGAAACGGCACACACGCCCACACACUUGCCAACACCAAAGACUACGAAGCCUGGCACGUCGACGGCGACAGACCAGAAGGAAUGCUAAGCCGCUUCGCAACGACCGGUCCGCCGUCAACGGGAAUGGAGCCCUCAGGUCCCAAUAGUGCUAGUCCAGCUGGUAUCUGCGCGCUGGCUGUGGGAUAUGACUCGCCCGAUGACGGCAAAGACAACACGCACAGCACGCGCUGCGGGUUCAUCGUUUCGGCGGGCUGUGACCGCAAAAUCCGCUUUUGGGAUCUUGCUCGGCCGGAAUUCUCGUCUAUCGUCAGCGGCUUAGACCCCGUGUCUGAGAAUAACGGGUUAACAGGGAAACCGCGGUACGAGCUUUCCCAGCCAAGUCCCAAUAUGCUCAUCACGGCGGAGUAUCUGCCCAGCAGUAAUUCCUCGGCUGGGGCAGGUAGUGCCGGGACCGGGUCUGGGGGCGGGAGCAAGAGCGGAAGGAAAGGAGCGAGUGGACGUCCGCCACGAAGUACAGUGAUUAGUCUACAGCAACAGCAGUUGCUUAAGAGUCAUUUGGACUUUAUACAGGAUGUGGCGGUGUUGAGAGUGCCGUAUGGGAUGGUUAUUAGUGCUGAUCGGGCUGGGAUGGUGUAUGUAUUUCAGUAG